UGUCAUGUCAAGGUUUGGGUCUCCACACAUUCCCAGAGGAGCUUGGACCUGGGGUUAAGCAGCUUGACCUGUCAAACAACUUCAUUCAUAACCUGACAGAAAGCUGCACUUCACAGUUCAGGCAGCUGGAGCACCUGAAUAUAUGCUUCAACCAGUUGGAAACUGUGUCAGAAAUGGCCCUGGCUCAUCUCACUCAUCUUCACACUCUCCUCCUGGCUGCAAACAACCUUGACCGGAAUUAUUUCACCAAUGGAAGAGCCUUCAGGCGGCUGAGAAGCCUGGAGACCCUAGACCUUUCAGCAAAUAACUUGGACAGUGAUAUGGCAGCCUGGUACUUCAGUAAUCUCACCUCUUUAAAGAAGCUGGAUCUGUCUUGGAAUGAAAUGACUAGGCUGCCAGGGGGUGUCUUCCAGGGUAUGCUGAAGCUGAGAGAGAUCAAUCUUAACAACAACUUGAUCAUGGAGAUAGAAGAAGGCGCAUUUGAGCCUCUGGUAGGCUUGAAGGUGGUAAAUUUAGCUAUGAAUUCCCUUCACUGUAUCUCAGACUUCAGCCUCACACAGCUGCAAGUGCUAAACCUUAGCUACAAUGCCCUGGAGUUCUUUGCCUCAGAGCAGGGGGAGGAGAACUACCAGCUUCAGGUGCUAGAUCUGAGUCAUAACAGCCUGAUAUACUUUCCAAAGCUCCCCAAGCUGCACCACCUCACACACUUAAACCUCUCCAACAAUGCCAUCAUCUCCUUGGCACCAAAUUCUACCACUACAGCUGAGUUCACCCUGUGGCAUGAAAAAACAGUGAGACCUAACAUGUCCUUGGAUGUUUAUAAUAUAGCAGCUAGCCUGGCAAAGGUGACUGACUUAGAUCUCAGCAAUAACCAGCUGAGUUUGUUCCCGUUUACUUUCUUUCACAAUCUGAGCUCUCUCCAAAAUCUCAAUAUGGCUAUGAACUGUCUCCAGAAUAUGACCAUGGAGUCUUCUGAUGGUGAUAUUGAGAGCAACAAGCCAGUGGUAAUGCAGAGACCUGGCCUUUCUGUGUGUUCACUGGAUCUCCAAAGCAAUUUAAUUCAUUCUUUGCCACGUUGGUUUUUUGAUAUGCUGCCCAAACUGGAAACAAUUGACCUUGGUUCCAACAGCCUCCAGCCUUGCCAGAGCUGUGACACUAAUGAAAGAGAAGUUCUUAUGGAACAUAACUCAGCUCACAAAGGUAAGUGCACAUCUUUCUGCAGCAUAUCUCACUUGAAGCAUCUAAGUUUACGUAGGAACAACAUUGUAAAGCUGUAUCCCUAUAUGUUUAACCAAACCUCUUUGGUCUCUUUGGAUCUGUCUGAGAAUGAAGGCUUGUCCAUGCCAAAAGGAUCCCUGGACAGUUUGGAAUUUUCUUUGCAGAAGCUCUCUCUGAGAAGGAACCAGAUGGGCAACUACAUGACAGAGUUGCCUUGUCUAAAGAUGCUGGAAAUAUUAGACUUGUCAGACAAUAAGCUAAGUCAUUUGCCUCCUGGCCUUGUAUGCUCUCCACUGGAACACCUGGACAUUCGCAGUAACUACCUUCAGGACUUAGAGAAACCUGCCGCUGUGCACUGGUCUAGCAGCCUCAGAUAUCUGUUUGUUGCUGGCAAUCCAUUCAGCUGCUGUGCCCUGAGCUGGCUGGAUGUUUUAAAGGCAACCAGUGUGAGUAUGCUGGACCUGAAUGAAACACUGUGCUCCUACCAGGAUCAGAACAGGACCUUCUCUGUCAAGAUAGCUAGCAACCCUAGGCACCUCUGUCCUGGUCAGAAUAAAACUAGCUUCCUAGCUGUACUGUUGGUGGUGAUGGUUCUCUGCCUUCUGUUUCUCACCUCUGGGAUAUGCCAACUUCUGAAAAAGCAUAGGAAAUUACAAAAGUACUUGGGAUUCAGGAGCAAUAGAGUGGACCCUAUUCCUUGUCAUCUAGACAGGGAGAAGAAAACUCAACAGAUACCAGCGGACAGUGUUACAAAAGUAUAGUACUGCAUGGAAGAGAGGGAAUAAUAUCAAUACGCACAAUAAUAGUAUUGUAUAUCAGGCACCUUCUUGUCACUGAUCUCUUAAGGACUUCACAUAAAGCAAUAAAACAUGAACUAUAAGAGUGCUAAAUCAGAUCUAUGUGCUGUGCUCCAUCUUGCUGCAUGUAUGCUAUUUUUGUCACCUCUGUGUAAGGCAAGUGAGGCUGGCAGUAAUCUGCUCCAUCUUGGGAAGGAGGAAAUGCUUGUUGUGGAAUCCUUGGAGUUCUGCAGAAAGAAUUCCCCCAGGUCUGCCCUCACCCCCUCACUUUUUCUAACUGAGGAUCCUUUGCCAUGAAACCAAGGCCCAGGCUGUCUGAAGCAAUCUGCCUCUUCUGCCCCUCCUCAAACCCAUUGUCUUUUUCUGAGAAGAUCAUUCUACAGUAAUGACCCCAAAACCAACAGCUCCUGGUAGCAGUGAUGCAGCUGUGGGUGUGGAGGGUGUGGUGACUGACUUGGCAUGUCUUCUCAUAGGGACAGGAGCGAGCUUGGAAAGGGCCUGAGAUGUUCUGCUACUUAGUGCCAGGGCUUGCCGGUGUGUCCACCCCUUCGCCUUUAUGCCCACACACGAGCAGUUACUUGCAGGGUCCAAGCCAGUACAGGUGAAGAAGAAGAAAAGGUUGCAGAGUCUGUUUCUGGCUUUUCAGGUCACUUCAGGUCUAGUCUUUACAACCCCCAUCAUAGUCCCGAGUAAGAUGCCUGGACUACUCACAAGCCUUGGGCUAUACUCAGCUGGUGCUGCGGACAGCAAGUAGAGCCUUGGAAAGAACUAGAAUUAUUCAUUAAUUGUCUGUAAAUGGAUUUCAACUUUUAUUGAACAACAAACAGCAUGUUUCUCCCCAAGAUGUUUGCCUUGGGUCUAUACAGCUAUGACUGCUGCCUUCUGUGCCAGGACAGACUAUCAGCCUUCAUCAUAACUGGGAAAUCCCUGCCUUGUGUCCCCACCCUCUACCCCUCAGACACACACAGCCACACGUCCUAUGUUUAUAUAAAACCCAGCCUUGUUCCCAUGGCAUCUGUAUUGUAUUGCUUGGUCCUGUAUAUGUUCAGCCCAUUCUUGUUACUGCUCCCAUCCCCACCCCUCCAGCCCCAGCAUGUGCCUGGUCCAUCUCCUGCUCCAAUGUGUGCCCACACUAACAUAGUGAUGAUGAAGCACUUUCAAGCUAGGUACUGGAUAAGAAGCCAAAGAGCAGCAGGGAGCUCUGUUUCCACUGAUCGCUCUUGUGUUUCUCCCUGCCGGGCUCUUUUGUUGUACAUGGAUUUGUCAGCUUGCUCAAAUCCAAAGCUCUCUGGCACACACUGUGCUUUUGUGUUUGUC